AUGUUAAUCUCAAUAUCCGCGAACGGCAUUAAGAUCAAGGGAACAGUAUACAACCAUGUUGAAGAAUCCGACAAGUAUAGCGGAAUUUUAGAAGAAAUUGGAACCCUCGUCUUCCCUCGAAUCAUGCCUGAUAGCCACGGAAGGUCAGUUAAUUACUGGGUUAUAGAAGCGCUUUCUCUACAUCAACAGCUUUGUGCCACUGUAUACCACGAGAACACAGAUUCAACUUCAAGCCCUAUAAAUGCAGACUUGCAGAGCAGCUUUAAAUCAAGGGAGCAGCAGAAACUUACCAUAAUACGAUCCGCCUUUCUUUUGGCGGUAGACCAUUACUGA